AUGGAAGAGAAGUAUAAAAGAAUAGGAAAGAACUCUAGAAUCGGAAAAGCAGCUGGUAAAAGAGUGCAUAAAGGAGAGAGAGAGAGAAACUGGGGAAAUGGCCAGGAAGGGAAAAGAGCAAGAAAGAGAAAGAAGGAACUAGAAGAGGUGAGAAACGGAGGGACACAGAGGGAAGCAGGAGGAGAGCAAGAAAGGUGGACAGGAGACCGAAUUGUAGAAGAAAGAAGGAAGAGAGAAACAGAAGAGAGGAGGAAAAGGAUAAGGGAAUCCAGAUACAACAGAUACUACAGGAACAUAACCAAAGAGGAGACGCCAAAGUACCUGAAAGGGAGGAUGAAGUGGAAGGACAGGAAAAUGAUAGCCACGUUCAGGUGUGGAAACGAGACCAAAGCGAAGGAACAUUGGAAAAAGGAGGGAGAAAAAAGGUGCAGACUAUGUGGAAGGGAAGAAGAGGACCUGAGACAUGUAAUAGAGGAAUGUGAAAUAACAGGAGGAGCAAAGGGCAUGGAAAAGACAUUGAAUGAGACUGGGGAAGGACUAAGGGACUUAAGAGCAAUAAUAGAGAAAAGAAGUUGGAGACCGUCAUAUCCGGAAAAUCUCUGUUUAAAAGCAAUAUCUGGAUUCAUGAACGGCGCAAUAUCGCCUGAAAUAUGCAAUCGUUUAUCCAUGGAUCGUUUGGAGCGUAAGGAGCAGCGUUAUCAAAUCCAGGCAGCGACUCGGAAAAUAGCAGAUCGCGAAAAUAUGAUCCUCGAGGUGCGGAAUGCUAAUAUCCCUAAACAACCUCCAACUAACUAUUCAGAAAAUUCGAUCAAGAGAACAUAUUGCUCCAUUCCUACCAUAUUUCAGCAUGGAUUCUUCUACAAGCCCAAACACAAUAAGAAGGAAUCCCCAGUUCUAUCGGAAGAGAGACCUCACAGUGCAACGAAACCUUUCAUCUCUUCCAUAUUUGCUUCUCCAUUCUUCACCAACCCAUCAACAAAAUAA